CAAGAUGUCCAAACCAGGCGGAUACAGCAGCCAGUCCGACACUCCCUCGGGUAACAAGCCCAAAAGCUACCCGAACGCCGCCACUAACAAGGACCUUCUAGAGCCUAACAACCCCAAGGUGGACCCGAAGGACCAGUCAGCCAAGAGCCAGGAGAAGGACCAGAUGGUUGGACUCAAUGACAAGUUUAUAGCGUUCAUUGACAAGGUGCAAAACCUGGAGCAGCAGAACAAGGUCCUGGACACGCGUCUGAAGAUCCUGAAGGAGCAGGAGGACUACCAAGGCAACGUGGAUGCUGUGGUCCAACAGCUGGCCAACGAGUUGCAGCAGCAGAUCCAGAAACUGGUCCGGGACAAACAGAAACUGAAGCAGGAGCUGGCCCACUGCCAGGACGAAGUGGACCAGACACGCAACAAGUACCAGGAUGAGAUCCAGAAGAAGUCGGAUCUGGAGAAUGACUUUGUGAUCAACAAGAAGGAUGUGGAUGAGGGCCACCUGGCAGCCGUGGAUCUGGCUCUGGAACUGGAGGACCUGAUGGGAGAACUGGACUUCCUGAGGUGGGGCUAUGAGGAGGUAGGCUGACUGACACACCCAUCGGCCAAUCAGAGGCUAGGUGGAACCAGAACCAUAUAUAGCUAACAUGGAGUCCAGUGUAAAAGUUUGCCAAACUCUCUUUACUGCAUGGCGCUGUGUGGAACUAUUGCAACUUACACCAGUGCACAAACCAUCUCAAAUCUGCCAACUAGGCCAGAGCGAAGGAGGCAGUUACCUGGAAUGAGACGCAGCCCAGAUCUCCUUCUCUUUACCCCUUUUUCUCCCCAAUUUCGUGGUAUCCAAUUGGUAGUUACAGUCUUGUCCCAUCGCUGCAACUCCUGUAUGGACUCGGGAGCGGUGAAGGUCGAGAGCCGUGCGUCCUCCAAAAUACGACCCUGCCAAGCGGCACUGCUACUGGACACAAUGCCCACUUAACCCGGAAGCCCUAAUUGUGCGCCGCCCCAUGGCUCUCCCGAUCCCGGCCGGCUGCGACAGAGCCUGGACUCGAGCCAGGAUCUCUAGAGGCACAGCUAGCAUUGCAAUGCAGUGCCUUAGACCAGUGCGCCACUCGGGAGGCCCAGAUCUCCUUGUCUAAUGUAGUAUUGUUGUCCUGGCUGUGGUGUGACAGAAUGAGACGGUGGUCGUGAAGGAGAGCAACAAGAGAUCUCUAGACAUGGCCAAGAUUAUCGACAGUGUCAAGAAACAGUACGCGGACAUGGCCUCCCGUGCCAGAGAGGAGGCAGAGCUGUGGAACCAGAAAAAGGUGAGGAUUUUUUAUA